AUGCAGAUACCAUACAUCGGUACUGAAUAUGAUUCACCGUCCUCGCGAGCUACUCGAGCAACCACAUUCUCGCCCGCGGAAGUUGUGGCUUUCAAGAUAUUCAGUCAAAAACGCUCGAAAGUCACGCCUCAACUGCUCGGAUACAAAGAAGAUAAGCAGGACUCGAAAGGCCAUGUACCAGAAGGUUUCAUCAUCUACCUUGCAUGGCAGAUCGUUCCUGGUCUUCUCCUUGGCGAUUAUUCAGGGGCGAAGGCCUUUUGGAACUUAGAGGCAGGCGAGCGAGAGGAAAUCCGGGCAGCCUUCAACGAUUCGUUCUUGAAAAUUCGGCAGAUGGGUAUUUCACCAUUUCCUGGACCCAAGAAGCUCGUCUGGGAUGCUGAGAAGAAAGUCGUCUACUUCUUUGGUUUCCGAGACUGGACCCCCGUUAGUGGCGAGCAAGCUAAGGCCUGGGACUCGAGAUGGCUUUGCGGCUGGGAUCUUGUCAAAUUGCCUAGAGAUGGAGUGGGCUUGGAUUGGGAUGGAAACACCGAGGGAGGGAAGCUUUGA